AUGAGUGAAGAAAAUGUUAAAGCUCCGGUUGCGGAAACGGCACCAGCUGCUUCGACCGAAAGUGGCGAGUUGACGGUAAGCAAAAACAGCAAAAAGAAACACCAAAAAGGGUCGGCCAAGCAGCAGCAGCAGCAGCAGCAGCAGGAGGAAAGCAAAUCAGCAGUGCCUGUAACGAAUGGUGACCUGGCCGGGGAUGGUGGAGGUGAUGGUGCGACGGAGGAACGGGUACCCGGUCGCGAAGGAGCGAGUGCCAAGGCGAAGAACAAGAAAAAGAAGUGUAAAGCCGCUCCAACCGAGCAAGGUUCGGUGAGCGAGGCGGCGACAUCCAGCACAUCAGAACAGAUCAAUGGAGAGCAACCGGGUCAGGCCGAUGCUGGCCAGGACGGAGGGGACCAGGCAGAUGUAAUGAUGAGCAUGCGGGAAAUGCUAAAGCACAUCAACAUAAGUGCACUGUCCAACCUAAAACCAGCCAAAACGCCGGAAGAAGCGCUGCACAAAUCGUACAAGUUCUGGUCCACCCAACCGGUUCCACGGAUGGACGAGAAGAUUAUGGCGAACGAAGCGAUCGAGGAGGACAAACCGUUGAGUGAGAUCCGGCAGGAACCGUACGCACUGCCGGAUGGAUUCACCUGGGACACGAUGAACCUGAACGAUCCGCUACAGCUGAAGGAACUGUACACGCUGCUGAACGAGAACUACGUCGAGGACGAUGAUGCCAUGUUCCGGUUCGAUUAUCAACCGGAGUUUCUGCAAUGGGCACUGCAACCGCCAGGCUGGAAGCGUGAUUGGCAUUGUGGCGUGCGGGUGGUAAAAUCGGGCCGUUUGGUCGGGUUCAUCUCUGCCAUCCCCGGUACGCUGAACGUGCACCGGAAGGAGCAGCGCAUGGUGGAGAUAAACUUUCUCUGUGUGCACAAAAAGCUACGCUCGAAGCGAUUAGCACCGGUACUGAUCCGGGAGAUUACGAGACGCGUGAAUCUGACAGGGAUCUUUCAGGCGGUGUAUACGGCGGGUGUGGUGCUUCCGAAGCCGGUGUCCUCCUGCCGUUACUGGCACCGUUCCUUGAACCCGAAGAAACUUAUUGAGGUGAAAUUCUCCUACCUGUCCCGCAACAUGACGAUGCAGCGGACGAUCAAGCUGUACAAGCUGCCGGAUCAGCCGAAAACGCCCGGCUUCCGGAAGCUGAACGAGGCGGACCUGAAAGCGGUACACAAGCUGCUGGAAUCGUACCUGCAGCGCUUCAACCUAACGCCGGCGUUUGACGAGACGGAGAUGCGCCACUGGUUCCUGCCGCAGAACGGUAUCAUCGAUUGUUUCGUGGUGGAGGAUCCGGCCCGCCCGGGCACAAUUACGGACAUGGUCAGCUACUACACGCUGCCGUCGACCGUGAUGCAUCACGCGGUGCACAAGUACGUGAAGGCCGCGUACAGCUUCUACAACGUUUCGACCCGCACGCCCUGGCUCGAUCUCAUGAACGAUGCACUAAUAUCGGCAAAAAAUCUCGGCUUCGAUGUGUUUAAUGCGCUCGACCUGAUGGACAACAAGCAGUUCUUGACGCCGCUCAAGUUUGGCAUCGGUGACGGGAAUUUGCAGUACUAUCUGUACAACUGGCGCUGUCCGUAUAUGCAGCCGGAAGACGUCGGGUUGAUACUGUUGUAAAAAAAGC